AUGAUCAACUACAUCCUGCUCGUGUCUCGGCAAGGGAAGGUCCGCCUUGCGAAAUGGUUCACGACUCUACCGCCCAAGCAAAAGGCGAAGAUCGUCAAGGACGUCACUCAGCUCGUCCUCGCUCGCCGGACACGAAUGUGCAACUUUCUCGAGUACAAGGAUACCAAGGUUGUCUACAGGCGCUACGCCUCCCUGUUCUUCGUGUGCGGCAUCACCGGGUCGGAUAACGAGCUUAUCACGCUCGAGAUCAUCCACCGCUACGUGGAAGUGCUCGACAGAUACUUUGGGAACGUGUGCGAGCUCGACCUGAUCUUCAACUUCCAGAAAGCGUAUGCGAUUCUGGACGAGCUGAUUAUCGCGGGCGAGCUGCAAGAGUCGUCGAAGAAGUCCGUGCUGCGCGUCGUGACGCAGUCAGACAGCAUCGAGGAGCAGGAGAACAGCGAGGACACCAUGGCGCGACUAGGUUCGCGAGUCGGUUAG